AUGCCGGGUGCCAGUGUGCAGGCUUACACUGUAGGACUUUGGUUCUCUGCCCUAGAAAGCUUAAAGCCCAGAUGGCUUGACUCCCAAUCUCUAUCUGCUGGCCAAAGUGCCAUGCCGCGGAAAAGCGCUGUCAAGGCAAAGCCUCUUGACGAAGCCCCCGACAUUCCACCGGGCUAUGAGGAGCAGUUCGCAGGCUUGCGGUCGGCUACCCGGGCGCAACUGGCGAAGAUGUUGAGGGACCUCGGGCUGCCUGUUGAGGGCACGCAGCAGCAGAUGGCGCUGCAGCUCGUUCAAGCUCUUGCAGCUGCCAAGGCAGAGCCACUCGCAUCCGAUGACAGGGAGUCGGACCUGCCCAAAGAAGAGGCGGCAACACCAACCUCUCCUGCACACUGCGAUGCACCGUUGGUUCCAGAGCGUACGCCAUCGAAGCGAAUCCGAUCGAAGCGAGCAGCCGAGGCCCACGACUCGCCCGGUGUCGCAGGAUCCCAGAGAAGCGGAAGCCCAACCACGCAGGGCUUGCCGAAGCUCCAGCGGACGGGGGCAUCAGAGAACUUGGGUGCCGGACCAGUCGAACCAGACGAAGGAUGUGUGGGCACUGCAGACGAGCGCGCUGCUCCUGCACGGCAGGCCUGCGAACCUGGCAGCCCAGAAACAAGAAGGAAAGGGCGUAAAGCCAAACACCCGAAUGCGUCUGAAGGCGCACCUUCGCCACGCAAGGGGAGAAAGAGCGAUGCAAUGCCGCGGAGUGUUGAGGCUCACGUCGAAAGUGCUCCAUCUCCUCCAGCAAGCCAGGCAGCUGCAGAAGUUCCGCCCGGGGAUAACGGCCAGGCCGCAGCCGCCACAGCCGAGAAUCUGGACGGCAGUCUGGAGGCCGACCUCCUCGCAGAGGAGCCGGUGUUGCAGGGACCCGGCGUGCUGACCGUCACUGUGCCAACAGAGGCAGUGCCCAGGAUCCGGGAGUGGCUGGGCCACCUCCGAUGCAUUGCGGAGGUUGAGGCGGAGAUCUUCCCGGCAAACGUCGGGCGGACGGAUUGGGAGGGGGAGGUUCCCAGAUACUUGGAGAUCGCCUGCCCAAACGGGCAGCGCGUGUGUGCUGGGAAGUACAGGCGCCUUGCCAGAAAGAAGGUGAACAGCCAGCCCAUUUGGAAGAAGGUCGAUGCCAAUCGAUGGGUUUACAGCGGCACAGAUAGCACGUGGCUGGUGGGUGGAGUGAAGCAGCGAGACAUGGAUUUCAUGUGCCGCUCCGGCCUGCUGCACCAGGCCAAAGUCCACGGAGGACAUCUGCCACACAGGCUCGAGCCAGGUGGCUGGCGGCGUGUGGACGGGAGUGGCUGGGUCCAGGACCCAGACAUCUCCAUUACCGCCUCCCCGGUGAUGCAGCCAGGUGCUCCGGUCGUGGUGGUUGGCGGGCUACGAGAGGGUCGCUUUGGGCGAGUGGUAAGCAGGAGGGAAGAGCCAGAAACAGGCGCUGUCUUCUGGACAACUCGCUUCCCAGAUGGCGAGGAGGAACUCGGCGAUGAGCUGCUGGAAGUUCGGGAGCUCCAGUCUGGAGAGGUGUGGCUCUCCGUGGCGGGCGCUGCAGCCCCCGCGAGGGCCGCCUUGGCGGCCGAGGCCCUCUCCGGAACUUUGCUCGGCCCCCCCAUGGCUUCCGAGUCCGAGUCCCCCGAGGUGGCAGAUGCGGCUACCGACAUCCUGCUCCCAGAAGAGCUUCUGGAGAAAGGACAAGCUGAGCUUCACAGGCUCAUGGAGAAGUACCAGGUCAUCUUCGGCUUCCUCAAGUCAAGUUCAGACGAUUCGAAGGCGAGUUCAUGGCUGCGGCUGCUGGUCUUCAGCUGUGAUCCGAAACCAGGAAUUCUGGCGCUCCUGCAGCUCAGCGAGGAGCUGCUCCCCGGUCGACUCGAGCGGAUGCCAAUCCUCUGCGACUCCUUCGACUCUUCGCAGACCUCGCAGAGCUCUGCUACUAAACGGCUUGGCUGCUCUGCCUUGCGUUGUCCCGUCUACGGCGGCGAAGCGGCCUUGGCCCGAUAUCUCCGGGUCCUCCCGCGCUGCCUCGAGGUACUCUCUGCACCCGUGGGACUCGUGAGCCUCCUUGUCGGGCCUCUCCCUGCGCGUCAGGUCGGCCAACGAUUCCUGGAGAUGGUACAGAUGUGGGCACCAGAGGUGCCCCAUGAGCUUGAAGCUUUCGCGGCCAGCAUUAGGGUGCCACAUGCUGCCGCGGAGGCUGUGGAGAAAGAGCUGGAAAGCCUAGAGGUUGAAUUUGGGGUGUCGGGGGUUUGGUGCAAGCAAACCGAUUCCCAGACCGACAGCCAGAAACUGAAAGCGGAGCUGGAGAUGGACGAGGAGGUCAGGCCUGGAGUAGAAGUCCGUGCCGUCUUUGAGGACGGCGACUGGUACGACGCCACGGUCACAGAUGUCGAUGCAUUGAGUGGGAAGGUGGAGAUUCGCUGGAGUUGUGAUUCCAGUACGUCAAGGAUUCCUCGGCAGGAUGUGAAGCCCAAGCCCUCCGCGGAGUCUAAGAGAAGGCAAAAACACGAGCAUUUGCUCGCCGCGGCUUGGCGACUGGCGGUCUUCGGACCUUUGCGAGAGCGGAAGAUUGUGGUUGUCAAGAUCGCGACCAUUGUUGAGGAGCAGUGUCCUGGCCUGUGGACCACUGAGCUCCUUCGAACUACGGAGGAGCUCAGAGGAAGCGUUGGCGAGGACACUUCCAUUGAUAUCAAUGUCGUUCCGCUGUCCAGUCAAGGUGCAGGGACGUUCCUGCAUCAUCUCAAGAAGCAGCUAAAGGAAGCCGUGCGCCGAGCAAGCACCGCUGCAGGAUGCCACAUUGAGCUUCUUCGUCGAUGGGCCCUUUUGAUUGUUGGCUCAUCGGAGGAGCGCAGCCGAGGCAAAGAUUACUUGGAAUGGCUGGCAUCCGAGGAGCGUGAGCGCAGUCAGGUGGCUCCAGCAACAACGAGUUCGGCGAUCGGGCAGGAUGCCGUGCGCUGGACCGACAGCGACGGGGACCAGUUGCUUCUGCGAUUGGGCGAGCGGCGAUGCCUGGACUUCUUCAUGAACGGAGUAUGCAAGGUCCGAGACAUCACCAUCCUUGCCGCUGAGGGCGACACCCUGCGCCUGCGCGGCACGGGUGCCGACGGUGCGACCACACGUUGUGUGGAGCGGCCGGUCGAUGAGGAGGCAGCGAGCCACGCAGUGACAUUGUUCGACCGCAGCGUGCGGGCCCGCUCCAGCUCGGGCUCCCAGCGAAGUGACGUCGACGUCGUCGAGACGACGUGCUCCCAAGCAGUCUGGUUAGAACCAGUCGAGCUGCGAGCUCUGGAGAAGAAGACCAAGACGAUUGUGGUUAUGCCAGAGGGUUGUGGCAGCAACAGUGACUGGCGGCCAGAUGCGACGUGCAAGAUCCUGGUCUGCGGCAGAGACCCUGCAGGCCGAGCCGACGCCGUGGCCAAGCUGCGGGAUCUGGUACAAGCCGCCAAAGCUCACCAAAGCAGUGAAGCGGAGGCUGCCGAAGAGCCUGAUCCCGGGAAAGACACAGCAUCCUCCGAGGAUCCGUCAAAAAAGCAAGCUCCAGCGGAGCCGGCUCCGGAUCUGCGGCAGGUGCCGGCAGAGACUCCGCCACAGAUGCCAGAGAAUCCAGAAGGCCCCACCACCAGGAGCAACCCGCUCCAUGAGCUGCGAGCACUGCCCUGGCCCAAGGACAACCAAACUUGGCAAUCCUUGCAGGAGCGGGUAUUUUGGGGCCAUCCGCCGCUUCCGCGAGGUUGGAUCCGGAUAUGGUCGCGCAAGCAGGACAAGGAGUACUACCUCCGCGUGACUGACGGCAAAACCACCUUCAACAUUGCGGACACGGGCUUCCGAAUUUCAACGCCUUGA